AUGUCUCUGACUGCAAAGGCCCUAGCCGGCAAGGUUGCCAUCGUUACAGGUGCGUCUUCAGGCAAUGGCCGAGCUAUAUCCCUCGCUCUCGCAAAGGCUGGCUCCAAAGUCGUCUGCUCAGAUCUCCAGCCCGAAGCACGGCAAGAGGGCUACGAGAAAGACCUUUCAGUUCCUACCCAUGAGCUCAUCAGGAAACUUGGAGGCGAAGCCAUCUUCCAACGAUGCGAUGUGUCAAACAGCUCGCAGAUUGAGGAGCUCGUGUCAAAGGCCGCAUCCACAUUUGGACGUCUUGACAUUAUGGUCAACAACGCGGGCAUUUUCACAGGCCUCAAGAACAUUCUUGAAGAAACGGAUGAUGAUUUCGAUCGUACCAUGUCGAUCAACACAAGAGGGACCUACUUCGGAUGCAAAUACGCCAUCAAGCAGUUCCUUUCACAGUCUGAGCCCGCUGCAGACACAUCUGAAGAUGCUCAGUCCCACCCUUCUAUUGGCAAGAUUAUCAACAUUGCUUCCAUGGGCGGCCUGAUUGGUCUGGCCCGAGAACCUUCCUAUUGCGCUUCAAAGGGAGCUGUCGUGAAUCUCACACGUCAACUCGCUGUCGACUUUGGCCCGUCCCGUAUCAAUGUCAACUCUCUAUGCCCUGGAUUCCUGGCUACUGCUAUGGUGAGGCCCUUUAUCGAAGACAAGGCUCUUAAUACGUCUCUCCAUGAUGCUACGCCGUGGCCACGGCUUGGAUCUGCCAAGGAUGUCUCGGAUGCUGUUCUCUUCCUUGCUUCUCCACAAAGUGACUGGGUCACUGGAACAAUCAUGACGGUGGAUGGAGGAUUUACUUCGAAGUAG